UUAUUUUUUUGCAUUCGUUGCAAAUUCUGUGCAAAUUUGCGUCCUAUAUUCAUGUAAAAGCCUCCAAGUUAUUUAUUUGUUGUUUUAUAUAUAUAUUUUUUACCCGUGUUAAACAUUUCUGCGCAUGUUGCUAUGGUGAUAUGUUGUACAACGAAGCUAACUAGCUAACUGCUACAAUAGCCACACGAACUGUCGUCAUCGGGGAUCUCUAUCUAAAAUAAUGGAGACCAGUACAGAGGAGCGUUUUGCCUUCCUGGCAGAGUGGUAUGACCCCAGUGCUGCUCUCCUGCGCCGCUACCAGCUGCUGUUCUACCCCAAAGAUGGCUCUGUGGAGAUGUUUGAUGUGAAGAACCAGCGUACCUUCCUGAGGCGGACCAAAUACGAUGAGCUUCACCAGGAGGACCUGUUUGUUGGAAACCGUGUGAACGUGUUCUCCCGCCAACUCGACCUGAUUGGAUAUGGAGACCAGUAUACAGGAAACAAGCUCGGCAGCAAGAAAGAGAGAACUCUUGCUAUGAUAAAACCAGAUGCAGUCAACAAGAUGGGAGACAUUCUACAGAUGAUCAAUGAUGCCAACCUGAUCCUAACCAAAGCCAAAAUGACAAAGCUGACAUGGAAGCAGGCGGCAGACUUUUACACUGAACAUCAGACAAAGUCUUUCUUCAACAACCUGGUGCAGUUUAUGACCUCUGGCCCCGUGGUUGCCAUGGAGCUGAUGGGUGACGAGGCAGUGUCAGUGUGGAGAAGGAUUCUAGGCCCCACUGACUCGGGCGUAGCACGGAAAGAGGCCCCACCAAGCCUGAGAGCUCAGUUUGGCACAGAUGGCACCAGAAACGCUGGACAUGGGUCUGACUCACUGGCUUCAGCAGCAAGAGAGCUGGAGUUUUUCUUCCCAUCCACAGCGGGCCAUGGUCCCGCUAACACGGCCAAUUGCACAGACUGUGCCUGUUGCGUCAUCAAACCUCACGCUAUAUCAGAAGCCCUGACAGGAAAGAUCCUCCACUCCAUCUCAGCAGCAGGUUUUGAGAUCUCAGCCUUGCAGAUGAACAUGGUGGCAGAGCUAUGUUCUGGACCCUGCAUGGCCCUGGAGAUCAGAGGGACUGAUGCCCCGAAGACCUUCAGGGAGUUCUGUGGACCAGCUGAUCCAGAGAUUGCUCGUCAUCUUCGUCCCGACUCGUUAAGAGCUCUGUAUGGUAAAACCAAAGUACAGAAUGCUGUCCACUGCACUGACCUCCCCGAAGACGGGGUACUGGAGAUCCAAUAUUUCUUCAAGAUUUUGGAUGGAUGAAGAUUAUUACACAAAUACACAUUCCAUUUCUAUGAGUAUGUAUUUAAAUAAAAGAGACAUUGACCACGGGAUAA